AUGAGCUCGAAUAAGUGGAAGUUUAGCCUGGAACCUGGCUAUUUCCAGGACCUCGCCGCCCUCGCCGCCGCCUCCCCCACCAAGAUCACAACGCAGCCCGCCCUCGCCCUCAUUGACCGCGAGUACCCGACCCCCGAAGGCGCCGCUGUUUCGAAGGACGAGAAACCUUGGGUGCGAUUUGCAGCUCAUGUGCACGAGUUGAACCGCACCGCGCCAGCCAACGUGCACUACAAGAUUCUGUACCUGACUCGCCAUGGUUUCGGCUACCACAACCAGAAGCAUGCCGAGAUGGGCGACGAGGCAUGGGAUAACUACUGGUCUCUUCUUGAUGGCGACGACAAGACUACCUGGUUCGACGCCUUCCUUACCCCCGAGGGCAUUGAGCAGGCCAAAGACCUCAACUCGAAAUGGAAUACAUUCAUUGAUGCCGACGGCGCCCCUCUCCCGCAAUCGCUCUACUCGUCGCCCAUGGCCCGAUGCCUGCAGACUUCCACAUACGUUUUCAAGCCCCUCAUGACGGCGCACAACCUACCUUUCCACCCUACCAUUAAGGAGAAGCUUCGUGAGCGCUGGACCCUACACACCUGUGAUAAGCGCCGCACCAAGUCGUGGAUUCAAGAGAACUGGCCCGACUUCCCUAUCGAAGACGGUUUCGAAGAGGUCGAUCAGCUGGGCCAGCAAAAGGCCGAAGAGACGGACGCUGAACACAAUGCCAGAAAACAGCUUGCUCUGGAAGACUUGUUUGAGCACGAUAAGAAUGAGAUUGUUUCAUGGACAAUUCAUAGCUAUGCUAUGAGAGCGGUGAUUGAGGCCUGCGGCGCAGAGGCGUUCAAUGUGCGCGAAGCGACGUCCAUUGCUGUCUUGGUCAAGGGCGAGAAGCUGUAG